AUGGAAGCAUUGGUAACUGAUAAAGAUAUUAGUAUUAAAAAUGAUAAUGGAAAUGAAAAUAACAGUGAAUUAUUAAUUGAACAUCCAAAUUUAAAUGAUCACGAUAAUGAAUUAAAUUAUGAAAAAAAGGAUGAUAUGGAUAUACCAAUGAAUUUUAAUGAUCAAGAUAAAUUAGAUGUACCAUCUUUAGUAGAAAUAUGUAAGCAACAACUAAUUGUAAUAUUAAAAGAUAUGUGUGCAGAUUCUAAUAAUUCAGAUGAAAAAGCAUCUUUUAUGUAUCAUUUAAAUAGAUUAAGAAGUGCAGUAACAGUAGUGGAUUUACAUAAUUAUAUAGCUGUAUUUGGUCCAUGUUUAAGUUAUAAUAAAUUACCCUCUACUUGGAAUAUAUCUGUAUGUGAUUAUUUAAAACAGCAACUAAAUAUACUUAGAGCUGCUGAUUCUCAGCAAAAUUCUAAUAAUUUUAUGAAUUAUUAUGAAUUACAUAAUGAUUUUGAUGAUGUAAUAAAUGAAAAAAAAAUGAGCACUAAUAAUUCAAUACAAGGAAAUAUUAAUUCAAAUAAUAUAAAUUCUCAGUCUUCCAUGAAAGGAACGAUGCAUAUGAAUUCUACGAAUAAUAGUAUGAAUUAUUCAUUUUGUGAUCAAGAUGAUAAGAUGGUUGAAGAUUAUUAUGAAUGUUUAAUGAGGACAAAGUUAUCUGAAGAAUCACCUGAUUGCUUAAAAUAUAUGAUGAACACAAAAAAUGACUCUUUAAGUAAUACAGAGGUAGAAAAUGUAAUAUCAUAUUUAAAAAAAUACGAAGUCAAAUCUAAUAAAAAUUCAAAUAAAAUGGAAGAUGAUACCAAGUAUAAUAAAGAUUCUGAUUAUGAUUAUCAAGAGGAGUAUUUAAAGGACAAAGCAUUAUAUGAUUCUGAUAUAGAUGAACAACAUCAUAUUGAAAAUAGUAUGCACAAUAAUCGAACUAUUAAUGAUAACGUAAAUAAUUUAGCUAAUAAUAAUACUAAUACUAACAAUAAUAAUAAUAAUAAUACAAAUAAUAGUAAUGUGAGUAAUAAAAACGGAAGUUUAAAAUCAGAUAGAAUGAAAAAGAAUGACGUCAAUAAUUGGACUAGAUCAAAUACAGAGGGGCAUCCUGAAUAUCUUCCCAGAAUACCAGGGGUACGAUUUAACCCCAAAAAACAACAAUGGUUAGCUGCAUGGAAUGAUAACACUAGGGAAAUAAGGAGAUAUUUUUCUGUAAAGCAAUAUGGAUUUGAGCAAGCUCGAAUUUUAGCUGUAAAAGCAAGGCAAGAAGCAGAAAAAGCAGGUGCAAGAUGUAAGCCAAUGUUUCAUGUGCAUGGUAGGAAAGCAGUAGAUACAUUAUCCAACGAUAUAAUGAAAAAUGAUAUGGAAGAAAAUUAUAACAAUACACUUUCAAAUAAUGCUAUUGGUAAUGAUUUAUUAAAUAAAAAAGAACUAAUUAAAUCUGAAAAUAAAGGGUUAAAAAGAGGAAGAGGAAGACCUCCUAAAAGGAAAUUAAGUGAAGAUUCUCAAUUAUCAUUAGAUGAUGUAGAACAAAAUUUUUGUAGAAAUAAUGAAAAUAUGGAAUUAAUGGAAUGCAUGGAAUCUUUUGAUAAGGAUUGCACAAGACCUAUGAAAGGAGUAUCUUACAAUGAUAGAAAAGGUUCUUGGCUUGCUUAUUGGUCAAUCGGGAAAAAUUUUCAAAUGAGAAGAUUUCCUAUAAAAAAAUUAGGAUUUGAGAAAGCAAAAGAAUUAGCUAUACAAUGUAGAUUAGAAGCAGAGCAAGCUGGUGCAACAACAACAGAAAAUAGAACAAAGCGUAUGAGGAAUUUAUUAACUCUUAAUUCAGAUAAUACUCUAGAAGCAAUGAUGGAGCAUAAUUCGUUAGAAAAUGAUGAAAAUUUAAAUGAUAAAAAUGUUAAUGGGAAUAUAUUAGUUUCGCAAAUGCAAAAUUUUGGUAAUACUACAAUGAAUAAUAAUAUUCCACCGACAAAAAUGCCUCAUAGUGAUGAACAAGAGAGUGAAAUUGAUUUUUCUCCAACUAAAAGAACGCGAGCACCAAGAGGAAGAAGAAUGGAAAGUUUAACUGCGCGAGCUAGUGCACUAACUCCUGUUGAAGGAGUUCGAUUUGAUCCUUAUUCUUAUUCUUGGUUUGCUAAAUAUUUAGAAAAUGAAAAUUCCAAGGAGCCAAAAAUCUCUAAAUACUUAUUAAAAAAAUGGGGAUUUAAUAAAGCACAUAGUUUAGCUGUGCACACUGUAAAAUGCGCCUAUAAGGCAGUUCCAUUUACUGAUGAAGAAUUAAUUAAUAUAUUUAAUGUAGAUGCAAAAAAUCUUAUUAAUAAUCAGAACAGUUUAAUAAAUUUAGGAUUUAAUGAUACAUUUCAUAAUAAUAAUAAUAAUAUGAAUAACAAUAAUUUGAAUACUAAUAAUUUUAAUAAUAUUAACAAUAAUAAUAGUAAUAAUAAUAUUAUGAAUAACCUGAAUAUUAUGAAUAAUACUAUCAAUAGUAAUAUGGAUAAUAAUAUAAACAAUAAUUUUAAUAACAUUAAUAGUUAUAAUGGCAAUACUAAUAGUAUUAGUAUUAUUAAUAAUAAUUUAAAUAACAAUAUUGAUAACAACGUUGAUAAUAGCAAUAUAAAUAGUAAUAAUAAAGUUAAUAUUAAUAACAGUAGUGGUAGUAGUAAUAAUAAUAUUAAUAGCAAUAAUAAUAAUAAUAAUUUAAUAAAUAAUAAUAAUAAUGACUUAAAUAUAAAUACAAAUAAUAAAAUAAAUAUUAUGAAUAAUUAUGCUUUUAAUAAUAAUAAUAAUAUGAAUAAUGAUAAUGUAAAUAAUAUAAAUAAUUAUAAUAUAAAUAAUAAUAAUGCACCCAAAACUGGAAAUAUAAUUAGUAGUAAUUUAAUUUCAAGUAACUUAAAUAAUAGUUUAAAAACAAACAUUGGUAAUAUAAAUAAUAUGGAUAAUAAUAAAUUGAGCAAUUUUAUGAACAAUCAUAAUAUAAAUAAUAAUAAUUAUUGUCCUGGUGAAAUUUUGAAUACAAACAUUUUAGAUGAAAAUCAUAUUAAUAUGAUAAAUGCAAAUAGUAAAGUAGACAACAGUAGUAAUAGCAAUAAUAAUACAAAUGUGAUAAAUAGUAACUCAGAAAAUCAUAUGAAUAUUAAUGGUUGUAUUUUAAAUAAUAAUGUUAUUGACUAUCAUAAUCAAAAUAAUAACAUAAAAAUUAGUGCACAUUUAACUAAUGUAGUAUCAUCAAAUCCAGUAGAUAAUAUAAUGACACCUCAUAUUAACGAAAUUCCUAUAAAUCAUACAAAUGAUGCUAAUGUUAGUUCGGUAGAUGCAAAUUAUAAUAUUUCUUCAAACAAUAACAAUAAUAAUUCAAAUAUUAACUCAGAAAAUGCAAUUAAUAGCGAAACAAUUAAUUUAAAUAGUAAUGAUAUUAAUAAUGAAAAACAUACUGCUUUAAAUAAUAUUGAGCAUCCUAUGGAUAAUAGAAAUAUUUUAAAUAUAAUAAAUGAACAAACCAAUUUGGAUAAUAACUCAAAUAUUGAUAACAGUAACAGCUAUUCAAAUAAUCAUUACUCUAAAAAUCCAAACAAUAAUUUUAAUUCUUACACUAAUGACAGUGCAAAUGCAAACAAUUUAAUUAACACUAGUCAGAAUGAACCUAGUGAUUCAUCUUUGUAUUAUAUGAAUGUAAAACCAGAAAUAAAAACGGAGCAAUAA